AUGGAAGAGGUUGUGCAGAAGCUCACGGAGCUCCUAGAGGUGAUGUCUAAGAAGCAGGACGAGAAGCUCCUCCUGAAAGCCUUGGGGCCGAAGGAGUACAACCAACUACGAGGUCGAACGUCACCUGUACAUCCCGAAGAUAAGACAUACACCGAACUAGUCGCAGAACUCAAAUCGAUGUUCGGUGAAUCGAAGUCCCUAUUUCGUCGCCAACAUGACACGUUGUCAGUACGUCACGCACCAGGUAAACUCGUCGAGGAAAUCGUCAACUCGACGAAGUUCUACGGUGACGACUCCGAGUUCAGCAAGCUCACCUUGGACAAUUUCAACAUCUUUAUCAUGCUACUGCAUCUCUCGGACCCUUCCUACAAGAACCUACGGGGCGUCAUCAUGAGAGCAGUCGACGAGAAACCGGACAUCAAGUUGGAAGAUCUACGAACGGUGAUGCGGCGUUAUGAGACCAAGAAACCUCAGAAGUCUCUGUCUGCACGCGGAUGUGCUGGUUGUGCAGGUGAUCAUCCUCGCAGGGAAUGUCCCUUCAAGAACUCCUCUUGCAACGCCUGCAAAAAGACCGGACACAUCGCGAAGGUGUGCAGAUCAAUGCAAAGCAGUCAGGUGCGAGUCCACUCUACGCUCAACCAGGCCGAGCUCGACGAAGGUCGCACGGUCGUGAAGGUCACAGUUAAUGGCAAGAUCGUGAAGUUCCGGGCGGACUCCGGCGCCGACAUUUCCACAAUCAACCUCGAAACCUGGAGAGCUCUCGGUUCUCCGUCUUUGGACGUUUAUGGAAGUUCGUGUACGCAUGUCGACGGCGGAACCCUCAACGUUAAAGGCUACUUCGACGCCGAAUUCGGACUAGGAAACAGAUCAGUUGUAGAGCCUCUCCUUGUGCUCGCUAGUGGGAAGUGCGCAGGUUUUGGAAACCAAGUUCCCGAUCUGUUCAAGUCUGGACUCGGGACCUGCACCAAACUGAAAGUGCACCUUCACCUUCGAAACAACGUCGUUCCGGUACAUCUCCGCCCUCGUUCGGUGGCUCUCGCACUCCAAGAGCCAAUCAACCAAGAGCUCGACAGACUCGUCAAGAACGGUACUCUCGUGCUGGUAGACACUUCGGAGUGGGCAACUCCGAUAGUAGUCGUCAAGAAACCGAGUGGGGCUAUCAGAGUCUGUGCAGACUAUUCAACUGGUCUAAACGAGGCUCUAGUAGACAUUGAACACCCUCUACCGAAUAUGGAAGAGGUCAUGACAAAGUUCUCCGGUAAUCGAGUCUUUUCUCAGCUCGAUCUCGCCGAUGCCUAUCUCCAGCUGCGUUUGGAUGAUUCGAGUCAGCCGCUGACCACGAUCAACACUCAUCGAGGCCUCUUCAAAUACACUCGUCUUAUCUUUGGCCUCAAGACAGCUCCCUCGAUAUUUCAGAAGACCAUUGACCAAGCGCUCGCCGGGAUAGAAGGGGUUCUUGUUUACCUCGAUGACAUCCUCGUCAUGGCACCUGACAACACCCUUCAUGAGACACUUGCCGCAGACGCAAGUCCGUCAGCAGUCGGCGGCGUCCUUCUUCAACGUUACCCCGAUGGGAGCGAACGGGCCGUAUUCUACAUGUCGAAAGCACUCACGAAGGCUCAACGUAACUACGGCCAAGUAGAGAAAGAAGCAUUCGCGCUCGUCACGGCCGUCGAACGUUUCAAGAAAUUCGUUUGGGGUAGACACUUCGUGCUCCAAACGGAUCAUCGGCCUUUGCUUGCUCUGUUCAAAACUUCGAACACAAAGGGGUUACAGGAACGCACAGCUGCCAGACUCAAGCGCUGGGCUCUGCGAUUGUUUACGUCCAAAGAAUUCGCUGAGUUCUGUUCGGACAUGAACAUUGUCCACCUUCGCUGUGCCCCCGGAAUGCCGGCGAGCAACGGACUCGCAGAGCGCAUGGUGCGCACCAUCAAGUCUUCACUUGAUGAUUCUGUAAAGUCUCUGGACUCUGUUGUCAUGGCCUAUAAUUAUACGCCGAAUGCUGCCAUCGAGAACGAAACACCAAGCAAGAAUUUCUUCAACCGUGAGGUCGAGACACCUUUCGAUGUCUACAAGCCGAACAAUCCCGCAAUCGACCACACUCCGUACCAGCGCGACUUGGAAAAACAGUACAAGCGGAAGCACGGUGUUCGCGAUCGUCCGUUCUCGGUAGGGGAGGAGGUCACUGUCGAGUUGUCGAACGGAAACCGUGUGCCCGCAAAGGUUGCCAGUUUUCAAGGCAAGGCGAUGGCUGCUGAUUCUCUUUGCGUGUCGAAGAACGUCGUGCUGCGAGGAGAGCAGGUCGUCAUUCCGCAAGCCAUGCGAAAGACUGUUCUGAAGCAGCUCCACCAAGGUCACCCAGGCAUUCGUCGUAUGAAGAGUCUGGCAAGACUGCACUUCUACUGGCCAGCCAUGUCGAGUGACAUCGAGAACGUGGUGAGGUCAUGCGAGCGUUGCAUCCAGUCAGCGGCAAAGCCCGUGAAAAUCCCGCUCGUCCCUUGGCCCAACACUGGCAAAGUGUGGUCAAGGAUUCACAUAGACUUCGGCGAGCCAAAGAAAGGUUCUGCUUUCGUUGUCGUCGUCGACAGCUUCUCAAAAUACGUUGAUGCUCAAUGGUUGUCGUCGUUGACAUCCGCAUCUCUCAUCGGGUAUUUGAGGCAACUGUUUCGCCGUUUCGGGCCGCCUGACACUCUUGUUUCUGACAAUGGUGCUCAGUUUACGUCCAAAGAAUUUGCAGAGUUCUGUUCGGACAUGAACAUUGUCCACCUUCGCUGUGCCCCCGGAAUGCCGGCGAGCAACGGACUCGCAGAGCGCAUGGUGCGCACCAUCGAGUCUUCACUCGAUGAUUCUGUAAAGUCUCUGGACUCUGUUGUCAUGGCCUAUAAUUGA